UGUCCCAUUCACAUUUAAAGCUGUGUUACAAAAGACGCAUUCACUGACUCAAAAAACAGCCUCACACACACCAGGAGCAAGUAUGGACCAAGUCAAAUUCAGCAGGGAGGUGAUGCAUAUUAAGGACCGUGGCUCCAGACACUUGUCCCAGGAAACUGUGAAGAAGCUCAUUCACCGGUCGCAGGAGGCAAAGAAGCAAGCCUACAGUCCUUACAGCAAAUUCAGGGUAGGGGCUGCUAUCCUGACCACUGACAACUGUGUAUUUACAGGCUGCAACGUGGAGAAUGCUUGUUAUAAUCUGGGAGUGUGUGCGGAAAGGAACGCUAUCUCCAAGGCGGUGUCAGAGGGCUACAGGAAUUUCACAGCCAUUGCAAUUGCCAGUGACCUGGAUGACCAGUUCAUCUCCCCUUGUGGUGGCUGCAGGCAAUUCAUGAGAGAGUUUGGGCCAAAUUGGGAUGUGUACCUAUCAAAGCCUGAUGGCUCAUACCUGAAAAUGACUGUGGACGAACUGCUGCCAACCUCCUUUGGCCCUGAAGACCUGGCCAUGAAGAAAGUGUUUGACAUACCUAAUGAAUACUGAGCCAGUUGGUACUGAGUGUUUGCUCUUUGAACCGUCAUGACAUGUACUGUGUAUAAUGCUGCUGAAAAUGUAUAUUCAUGUUUAGCAGUAAUUCUAUUUAUGGUAACUAUUUGUUCUUGUAUCAUGUAUCUUGUAUCUUGAUUGUAGACACAUGUGUCACAUAUUUAAAUUUACUACAUAUAUAUAUCGUAAUUUUCGUAAAAGACGACAUCAAGCUAAUUGCCAGACUGUUACCCGGAGAUUUCAUUAUUGAUCUUUAAUUUACUGCAUCAACAUACUGAAUGCUGUGUUGUUGAAGAUAAAAGUAUUUUUUAGUUUAAAGAAGCUUGAAGGAAAACAGCAUAAAUAUCAAAGCAGGUCAGACCUAUGUGCACAUUUUAAUAAAUAAACUGGUUUAAAA